AUGUAUAUAAUUAUCAUUGUGAAUGUGUGUACAGCGGUCGGCGAGGUGGUAUGUGAGAAUCUGCCGGAGAAUCUGUGCGCGUUCGCGAUUGCAUCCUCCGGGAAGAGGUGCGUGCUGGAGAACUACAAGAACGAAGAAGAGGGGAAGCUUGACUACACGUGUAAGUCAUCCGAGGUGGUGGUCGAGAGGUUGUCCGGCUACAUAGAGUCCGAUCAGUGCAUCAAUGCUUGCGGCGUUGACCGUACAUUCGUCGGGAUAUCCUCCGACGCAUUCCUCACUCAGGAGUUCACCUCAAGCCUCUGCUCGCCCGAUUGCUACCGGAACUGCCCCAACAUUGUUGACCUUUACUUCAACCUCGCCGCCGGUGAAGGAGUGUAUUUGCCGGCACUAUGCGAUAAACAGAAGUCCAGCCCGCACCGUGCCAUGUUCGAGCUUUUGAGCAGCGCCGCCUCUUCGGUGGUGGAUUACUCCAUGGGGGCACCUGCACCUGCACCAGCUCCCGGAUAUUUUUAA